AUGCGCGCGGCAUGGCCUCUCCUUCUCCUGGCCCCCUGGUGGCCCGGGGGCGCCUUCGUUGGCGUGGCGCCGCUUCGGCCGCGCGCGCGAGUCCGCCGAGCAGGACCCGACGAGGACACGGCGGGGCAGGAAGCCGGUACCCCAAAAAUGCCCAGGUGGCUACUGGAGAUGCAGUCAGAGGGCCUCAUCGAGGAGAAGCCCGACGCCAACAUGUGCUUGGUCCUUGCCUGCGACGCCGUGGAACGUCGGGACUUUCCUGCCGUUGAGCAGUGGAUCCUAACAGCCUUCGGCCACGAAGAUGCCCCGGACCAAGAUGCCAUCGACAAGUUGUGGAAGGCGGCCUCCCGUCAAGCUCCGCUCAAGGAGGCAGAGCGCUGGCUACGCCUCACGAGACAGGCAGGCGUGGUGCCCUCGGCCGCGGCUGCCAAGGCUUUGCUGCAGGCAGCGGCCCGCGCCGGAGACCUCCAAGCCGCCGAGACCUGGUUCCAGGUCGGUGAGCUUCUCCAGGCCGCGCCGGACCAGGAGACCUUUCUCAAACUGCUGAGCGUGUCCCUCCAGCAGUCUGCGAAGCCUUUGGCGGAGCGCUGGAUCGAGCGCGCUGUGAAAGCUGGGGCUGAGCCCUCGGGCAUCCUCCUGAAGAUGCUCAAGGAGAGCGCGGCGCGGAAGGCCUUCGAAGCGCUGGUGAGGCAGUCGGCCCGACGUGGGGAGCUGACGGCUGCACGCCGGUGGUUUGACCAGGCUAUUGCGGCUGGGCUCUACCCCACAAGCUUCACCGUGGCGACGCUCGUGGAGGCAGCCGCGCGUUCGGGGGACCUCGACCUUUCUGUGGAGUGGUACGAGGAGCUUUUGCGGAGCUCUCCCCUCCCGGUGCUGAACUUGUUGCUGGAUGCGGCAGCGCAGGCGGACCUGGCGCUGGCGCAGCGCUGGUAUGAGCGAGCCCUGGACCUGGGGCUUAACGCCGAUGUGCAGGUUUUCAACACACUCAUCACGGCUGCUGCCCGGAAGGGCGAUCUCCAGAGUGCGGAGCAGUGGUACAGCCAGGGCAUAGGCGCCGGCUUCGACCCUAACGAGAAGACCUUCCGUCUGAUGAUUGAGACGUGCCUUGCGCGGCGGGACCUUGCGGCUGCCACCUACUGGUUCGGGAAGUCACUGGCGGUGGGGGUGCUCCUGCCCCCAGAGGCUUUUAACCAGCUCCUCGAGAAGGUAGCCCGUUUGGAUGGGUUGCCUGCGGCCGCAAACCUCUACGCCAAAGCCGCUGAAGGCGGCAUCACCCCGACCGUGGAGACUUUCAACUGUAUGAUGCAAGCAGCUGCAAAGAAAGGAGACACAGCUGCGGCAGAGAUUUGGUACUCCCGGGCACAGAGCGCGGGCUGCAAGCCCGAUGGGCUUACCUACCAAGCCCUCAUCAACGCCGCAUCCAAGAAGGGUGACAUGGCGGCUGCUGAGGCUUGGUGGAAGCUGGCGCAGGGGGAAGGGAUCCAGCCCACGCUGGCCAUGCUGAACUCCUUGAUGGCGGCCUCUGCGCGGGAGGGGGAUGUAGAGGCCACUGCCAGCUGGCUUCCGCACAUUGAGAAGGCGGGCCUGCGGCCCAACGUGGUGACGUACACGACAAUCAUCAGCGCCGCCGCAAAGACUGGCAACCUCUCCAUGGCAGAGUACUGGUACAAGGUCGCCAAAAAGAAUGGAAUCGCUCCGAACGUGGUGACCUUCACCUCUUUGAUCGAUGCUGCAGCGCGCAGCGGCGACGAUGAGGCUGCGAGGCACUGGUAUGAGGUGGCACUGGACAUGGGCGUGGAGCCCAGCAUCCGAACCUUCAACACGCUCAUGAGUGGGCCGGCCAGGCAGGGCAACCUUGCCUCAGCCGAGCGGUGGCUCCGCACCGCGAAGUUCAUGGGCGCGAGACCAGACCGCGUGACGUUCAACACGCUGAUCAGCGCUGCGGCCAAGACAGGCGACCUGCAAGCGGCCGAGCAGUGGUUCCAACAGGCAGUUCAGGCUCGCAUCGACCCAAACGUGGUGACCUACACCACCCUGAUCUCAGCUGCUGCCAACGACGGCCGCCUCAAGAAAGCACAGGACUGGUACGAGAGAGCUGCGGCGAAGGUACGGCCCAAUGUGGCCAUGUACAACGCUGUGCUCUCGGCCGCCGCGAAGCAAGGCGCGCUGCGGACGGCGGAGUCGUGGUUUGAGCGCAUGGAGGCGGACGGCAUCCUCCCAGACAAGCGCACCUUCAGCAUCCUCAUGGACGCCUGCGCCAAGAGCGCCGACCUGGAGGCCGCCGAGCGAUGGUUUGAGCGGGCCAGCGUGGCCGGAAGCAAGCACGACGCCAUCACUUUCAGCACUCUCAUCAAUGCUGCGGCCAACAAGGGCGAUCUCGAAGCGGCUGGGAAGUGGCUGAACGAGGCCCAGCGGGUCCAGGCGAAUCUGGACACGGAUGCUCUGAACAGCCUGCUAGCGGCAGCGAGCCGCGCUGGCGAUCUGGACAUCGGCAGUUGGUACAGGCGGGCUCGCGAGGCCGGCUGCCAGCCGGAUGAGACCACCCGGGCGAUCCUGAACUCCGCGCGCGUGGCGGAA